CAUAUACAUACCAAAAUGCACAACUCCCCCAUUAGCCACUAGAAAAAUUAUCUCUUUUCAGUAUCAAAAACAUGGAAAUUUUCAAAAAAGAAAACUCCCAUGUUCUUAUUGCCAUAUUUCCAGGCCAAGGUCACAUUAAUCCAGCUCUUCAAUUUUCCAAACAAUUAAUUAAUUUAGGCAUUAAAGUCACUUUAUCCACUAGCCUAUCAGCUUUCAAUAAAAUAAAAAUACUCCCAAAUAUUGAAGGAUUAAGCUUUGCUUCUUUCUCUGAUGGCUAUGAUAAAAAUUUCAAAGGUUCAUUUGAUGAGUUUCAUGCGUAUUAUUCUUCUAUAAAGUCUCAUGGGUCAGAAUUUAUUUUUAAUUUAAUCAAAUCAAAUGCAAAAAAUUGUAACCCUUUUACACAUAUUAUCUACACUAUUGCUAUGGAAUGGGUUGAUUCAGUAGCAAAAAGAUGCCAUAUCCCAUCUACAUUAUUUUGGAUCCAACCCGCCACAGUUUUUGAUAUUUAUUAUUAUAGAUAUACUGAUUAUUCUGAUAAUUUCAAAAAUUGUGAUUCUAAGGAUAAAAUUAUAGAGUUACCAGGAUUGCCCCCACUUUGUCCAACUGAUUUUCCUUCUUUUGUGUUUGAUGAUGUGGAGUGUAACAAUUGGGCAGUUGAGUCUAUUAAAAGACAAAUUGAGAUAUUGAAUAGCGAAGAAAAUCCAAAAAUUCUUGUGAACACUUUUGAUGCUUUGGAAUUUGAUGCUUUGAGGAUUUUAAAGAAUGUGACUAUGAUUGGAAUUGGACCUUCAAUUCCUUCAAAUUUUUUUGAUGAUAAUUUUGUUGGAGCUGACAUGAGAGAGAUUAGUUCAAAGAAUUAUAUGGAUUGGUUGGAUUUAAGACCUAAUGGAUCAGUUAUUUACAUAGCAUUUGGUAGUUACACGGAGACAUCAAGUCAAUUGAUUGAAGAGAUUGGUCAAGCGUUGUUGAAAUGUGGGAGGCCAUUUUUGUGGGCGCUUAGGGAAGGGCAAAACGGGGAAAAGUUGAGUUGCAAAACCGAACUGGAAAAGCAGGGGAAGAUAGUGAGUUGGUGCUCACAGAUGAAAGUCCUGAGACACCCUUCUGUAGGAUGUUUUCUUACACACUGCGGAUGGAAUUCAACUCUAGAAAGCAUAGCUUCUGGGAUGCCCAUCGUAGCAUGUCCGAUCUGGAAUGAUCAAGUCUGUAACGCAAAGCUCAUUCAAGAUGUUUGGAAGAAUGGCGUCAGAGUGAAUGCCAGUGAAGGAGGUAUCGCUAAAAGAGAUGAAUUUGAGAGAUGUAUAAAAAUUGUGAUGGAGGACAGCGAAGAAGGAGAAGAAUUGAGAAAGAAUGUCAAAAAAUGGAGGGAUUUGGCUAAGGAAGCUAUGGAGGAAAAUGGUUCAUUAACUGUGAAUCUCAAGGCUUAUGUUAAUGAAUUUUUACUUGGUGAUGAUAAAAUAAAUAAUAAGAAAAAUAAACACCGUGUUUGAUUUUUCUUGUUGAUAUAAUAAAUUGUCUAUUUCUCAUGUAGAGAUUAGAAUAAUCACUCGAUUGAAGACCUUACUAUAGUAUGUGUGUUAGGAACAAAAAUUCAAAAUUUUUAGCUCCACUCAUGUGAAGAAUAUGUAUGUUACUGUAUGUGUUUAUGUGUGUGUUGUUGGUGAAACAUCUUUUUGGUGUUUAGUGAGCUAGGCAUGCCAUAUUGGCAAACAAAGAAUUUACCAUAGUUUGUGUAUUCACUUUUUAUUCAUAUGGUCACACCUACUUUUGUCACUUUA